AUGCCAUCUAUGCAUUUAUUGAAGCUCUGGAUAAAUUCCUUCCCUUCGAGAAGUAUUGUCAUCUAUACGAACAGAACAAUCCUGACAGAAAUCAAUGUGCUCGCCCGUUUCGAGUACGCAAUUCGCAAGGAGGUUAGUUGGACAGCCAUCUGCAACGACCUCUCCGAAGAGAACAAAGAGGGCUCUGAAACAGCUAUCACAUCUUCUGGAAGGGCUUACGACCUGGAGUAUGAUAACGAUGUUGGAUACUGCGUUGGGAGUUUUGGUGGUCGCCGCGAAUGGACCUAUCCUGGUAGCAACGAACGUUGCAACGAUAAUGACGUGGACCGAGUAGAGUAUAUCAAGCUCUUGGACUUGGAUUUUGAGAAUGUGGAAACGGAAGUAUGUGAAGAGUAG